UACACAGUGAAACCCUGUCUUGAAACAAAACAAAUUUAAUGCAAACAUGGUUGACUUACUGUGUAUUAUUUACCCAGUUUCUCCCAAUGGUGCAUCUUACCUGACCGGAGUACAGUGAUCUAAAUUAGGACAUUUACUUGUCUCCUACCAACUAGUGUAGCUACACUUCUAACUAAUGAACAGUCACAUUUUGCAAGAUGUCUCACUAAGGUCCGUUUUCAGGCGAGUGGCCCCCUGGAGACAGUUUCCCAGGCUUCACCCUUCGUAAUUUUGCUGUGUGAGGAGUGCUGCUGAUUAUGCUGAACAGGGCCCUUCAGCUGGGUCUGUGUGGUAUUUCUGGUAAUUACAUAAUGUGUCUUGGGAGAAGAAUCAUACACAGGCAAACCUUUGCCCUUCCCAUUGCAUCAUCUGUGGGAGGCAGAUGAGGUCGCCAGGUCUUCCUGCUGGUCAUGCUGUCCUGGAUGGCUUGGCCCAGGUUGAAUUGGCAUGUUUUUCACGGGGGAGCUGCUGUUGCACGCGACUCUAAGGAACCUCAAUUCGUGGGGUUGAGUGUGUGAGCAGUUUGUUCUCUUUCUUGGAACAGUCGUCAUUCUGUGAAGAAGCAUAACUUGUUCACUUGUGUAUAAGUUGAUGGCGUUUAGUCUGCUUCUGUUUGGAGUCAAGAACUAUCUGAUAGGCCUUGGUGUCCUGUUACAUAUAAACCAUGCCACAGAACACCAACAUCAGGCAAGGCCACACGUGACCACAGUGAAUCAGGAGAAAACCCAGACUGCUUGAUAAUCCUGUCCCAACUGAGAUACAACCUGCUGGAGUAGCACUUCAAAGAAAACCUGAUGCGCCCACUCCAGAUUGUUCCAAGCCGAUUCAUUUCCCAGCUGUGUUGUAGACUGAAGCCUCCGGCCUCCCCACAAAGCAAGAUCUGCCUCACCAUGGCUCGUCCAAGUUCAAAUAUGGCAGAUUUUCGGAAGUGUUUUGCAAAUGCAAAGCACAUAGCCAUCAUCUCAGGGGCUGGUGUUAGUGCGGAGAGCGGGGUCCCAACUUUCAGAGGAGCUGGAGGUUAUUGGAGGAAAUGGCAAGCUCAGGACCUGGCGACUCCUCAGGCUUUUGCCCGCAACCCGUCGCAGGUGUGGGAGUUCUACCACUACCGGAGGGAGGUCAUGCAGAGCAAGGAGCCCAACCCGGGGCACAUAGCCAUUGCCCAGUGUGAAGCUCGGCUGCGUGACCAGGGCCGCCGGGUUGUGGUCAUCACCCAGAACAUUGAUGAGCUGCACCGCAAGGCUGGCACCAAGAACCUGCUGGAAAUCCACGGAACCUUAUUUAAAACUCGGUGCACCUCUUGUGGCGCUGUCGCUGAGAAUUACAAGAGUCCAAUUUGUCCAGCGUUAGCAGGAAAAGGGGCUCCAGAACCAGAGACUCAAGAUGCCAGGAUCCCAGUUGACAAACUUCCCAGGUGUGAGGAGGCAGGAUGCGGUGGCUUGCUGCGACCUCAUGUGGUGUGGUUUGGAGAAAACCUGGAUCCUGCUGUUCUGGAAGAGGUGGACAGAGAACUGGCUCUCUGUGACCUGUGUCUAGUGGUGGGAACCUCCUCUGUGGUCUACCCCGCUGCCAUGUUUGCCCCUCAGGUGGCUGCCAGGGGAGUCCCAGUGGCUGAGUUUAACAUGGAAACCACCCCAGCCACCAACAGAUUCAGGUUUCAUUUUUCAGGACCCUGUGGGACAACUCUUCCCGAAGCCCUUGCUCCUCAUGAAACUGAAAGGAUUUCUUAAUUACCCUGUGCAAAGAGGAGAAGAUCGUGUCGCACAUAACCAGGGCACCAGCAGGAGAGGUGGUUCUGUGGCUGGUGAACUGAACUUUGGAAAGUCUAAAAACACCCUUCACGUCCCUAGAGGACAGUCCGUCUGUGAAGUGAUCGGGCUUCACCAACAGCAAAUGUGUUUUCUCUGGGGGUGGGGGGUGGGGGGGACUGGACAGGCUGUCAAGUUCUCCCAUAUCAUUCGAUUUCAACUGAAAUACGAGUAUUUUGGAUUUGCUGUUCUUGGUCAGUUACUGGGAGGGAAACAUCUGUAAUUAAAUUGCUUGAGAAGAAGGUGAUCAUUCCUAAUUGUUUGCAUCUUAGGCAAAGAUAGAAAUAGAGAAUUAAAACACUAAAAGUUAAA